UGGAGCAAUGCUAAAAUUCAAAGAAGCUGCUAAGUGUGUGAGUGAAUCAGUAGCCGUUUCCAGUGAUCCAGAGACCUUGGUAGCAAGAAGAUAUGUGCUUCAACAGAAACUUGGCAGUGGAAGUUUUGGAACUGUCUAUCUGGUUUCAGACAAGAAAGCCAAACAAGGAGAGGAAUUAAAAGUACUGAAGGAAAUCUCUAUUGGACAACUAAAUCCAAAUGAGACUGUGCGGGCCAAUUUGGAAGCCCAGCUACUCUCCAAGCUGGACCACCCAACUAUUGUCAAGUUCCAUGCAAGCUUUGUGGAGCAAGAUAAUUUCUGCAUUAUUACAGAGUACUGUGAGGGCCGAGAUCUGGACUGUAAAAUUCAGGAAUAUAAAGAAGCUGGAAAAAUAUUUCCAGAAAAUCAAAUAAUAGAAUGGUUUAUCCAGCUGCUGCUGGGAGUUGACUACAUGCAUGAAAGGAGGAUACUUCAUCGAGACUUGAAAUCAAAGAAUAUAUUUCUAAAAAGCAAUCUGCUUAAAAUUGGGGAUUUUGGAGUUUCUCGACUCCUAAUGGGAUCCUGUGACCUGGCCACAACGUUAACUGGAACACCCCAUUACAUGAGUCCUGAGGCUCUGAAACACCAAGGAUAUGACACAAAGUCGGAUAUCUGGUCGCUGGCAUGCAUUUUAUAUGAGAUGUGCUGCAUGAAUCAUGCAUUCACUGGCUCCAAUUUCUUGUCCAUUGUUUUAAAAAUUGUUGAAGGCGACACACCUUCUCUCCCCGAGAGAUAUCCAAGAGAACUAAAUGCUAUUAUGGAAAGCAUGUUGAACAAGAGUCCUUCAUUGAGACCAUCUGCUCUGGAAAUUUUGAAAAUUCCUUACAUUGAUGAACAGCUACAGCACCUGAUGUGUAGAUAUUCAGAAAUGACUCUGGAAGAUAAGAAUUUGAAUUGUCAGAAGGAGGCCGCUCAUAUAAUUAAUGCCAUGCAAAAAAAGAUCCACCUACACACUCUGAGGGUGCUGUCUGAAGUGCAGAAAAUGACGCCAAGAGAAAGGAUGCGGCUGAGGAAGCUCCAGGCAGCUGAUGAGAAAGCAAGGAAGCUGAAAAAGAUUGUGGAAGAAAAAUAUGAAGAGAAUAACAAACGAAUGCAAGAAUUGAGAUCUCGGAAUUUUCAGCAGCUGAAUGUUGAUGUACUCCAUGAAUAAAAACAUUUAAUAGGAAUGGAAGAAAAGGUGCAGCAACCUGAGGGAAGACUUUCUUGUUCACCCCAGGAGGAGGAUGAAGAGAGGUAGCCAGGCAGGGAAGAAGAAUUUGAUGAACCAACUUCAGAGAACCUGCCUGAGUCUCAGCCUAUUCCUUUUCUGAACCUCAGUGAACUUGAAUCAAGUGUAGAGGACACUACAGCUGACCUUGGACAUCAUGAGAUCCCAGAAGACCCACUUGCAGCUGAAGAGUAUUAUGCUGAUGUGUUUGAUUCCUAUUCUGAAGAGAGUGAGGAGGAGGAGGAAGAAAUAGUGUUCUCAGCAUUAGAGAGAGAGGUCAAGGAUGAGGGACCCCAGCCUCCUUACAGAACAAACCAACAGGACAGUGAUAUUGAAGCUUUGGCCAGGUGUUUGCAAAAUGUCCUGGGUUGUACCUCUCUAGAUCAGCCAUCCAGAAGCUGGGGACAGAAGUAUUUGAAGAGGUCUAUAAUUACCUCAAGAGAGCAAGGCAUCAGAAUGCCAGCGAAACGGAGAUCCAGGACCGUCUCGAAAAAGUGGUGCCGCGGGCCAGCGACUGUUUUGAAGUAGACCAGCUCCUCUACUUUGAGGAGCAGUUGCUGA